AUGGUGCAGCGGCGGGGAGGUGGCGGAAAGGAUGGGGCAGCGGGAAUGGCGGAGGAGGCGCACGUGCCGCUGCAAGCCAUAUUAUUGGCUGACAGCUUCGCACAGACGUUCCGACCAAUCACGCUGCGCAAACCCAAGGUGCUGCUGCCGGUAGCGGGCGCAGCGAUGGUGGACUACACGCUCGAGUGGCUGGCCAUGGCGGGCGUCGAGGAGACCUUCGUCUUCUGCUGCGCGCACUCCACCCAGAUCCGAGCGCACCUGGAGGAUGCCGCCUGGAUGCGCCCCUCUGCCUCCUCGCACCACCAGGGGGGGGGCGGCGGGCAGCGGCACGGUAUGCGCGUGUCGACGGUGGUGGCGCAUGACUGUGUGAGCGUGGGGGACGCACUCCGACACAUGGACCACAAAGGAGUGAUCCGAGGGGAUUUUAUUCUGGUGAGCGGGGAUGUCAUCGCCAAUGUCUCGCUCACCCACGCGCUGCAUGCCCAUAGGGAGAGGAGGCGCAAGGACAAGCAGGCAGUGAUGACCAUGCUGCUCACGCACUGCCCCUCCAACCCCCUCACACACCUCACGCGCACGGGCAGCGAGUCACAAGUGUUUGGCAUCUGCCCGGACUCCAGCCAGCUUCUCUUCUACGAGCCGCCGCCCGACCCCCUCUCCUCCACGGGCACCGGCAAGCUCGCAGCGUUAGCAGGUGGACGGCGUAGCUUGGCAGUAUCUGUGGAGCGGGCGGUGUGGCAGGGGCACAGACGGCUGGCACUGCGGACGGACUUGGAGGACAGUGGCAUAGACAUCUGUGCACCAGAGGUGCUGUACCUAUACACGGAUAACUUUGACUACCAGCACCCCCGGAGAGACUUCCUGCGCGGCAUUCUCAAUGAUGACAUCAUGGGAAACAAGAUCUUCACGCACGAGAUCAAAUCGCAGUACGCCGCCCGCAUGGACACGCUGCGAGCGUAUGCAGGCGUGUCAAGGGAUGUGCUGCGGCGCUGGGCCUUCCCCCUCGCGCCUGACUGUUCCUUCGGGGCCCACAGCGGCCGCACCGCUGUCACCCGUGGCAACCGGUACCGCGAGGAAGCGGUGUCAGUGGCGCGGUCAGCAGUGAUAGGCGGCGACACGCUGCUGGGGGAGGGAACAGUGGUGGCGGAGAGGGCGGUGGUGCGCGGGUCAGUGCUGGGGGCGCACUGCCUCGUGGGCGAGGGGGCCGUGGUGGAAGGAAGCUACCUGUGGGGCGGUGUCACGGUGGGCGCGGGGGCCGUGGUGCAGCAUGCAGUGCUGUGUGACGGCGUGCAGGUCAUGGCUGGCGGCACUGUGAACGCUGGCUGCGUGCUUUCGUUUGAUGUGGUGGUGGCAGCCAAUCACGUGGUGCCAGCUGGCACGCGCAUAGCGAGGGAGCAGCAGCCGGAGGAGGAAGGGAGCGAUGAUGAGAACACAGAGGGGCAUGGCAUGGCUCCACCUGCAGUGCGCAGGCAGAAGGGCAAGCGAGGUGACGAGGAGGAUGAGGAUGAGGAGGAAGAAGAGGAUGAGGAGGGGGAGGAGGAUGAGGAGGGAGAGGAGAAGGAGCAGCUAUUAGAUGAAGACGAGGGUCCGUGUGAUGUGCAAGCUGUGGGUGAGGGCGGGAGGGGCUUCGCCUGGCCGCCCAGAACGCCCGCUGCAGCAGCCGUGGUGCGGCGGCAGUCACUCGCACCAAUCACAGCCCUCGAACUCGCUGAGCUGGCGAGACUGGCGAUUGGAAGGGAAGAGGGGGAGGGGGAGGAGGGGGAGGAGGAAACAGGAAGGGAAGGAGGGGCGGCACUGGUGGGAGGGGAGGAAGAGGAAGACGAGGAGGAGGAGGAUGGGGAGGACGAGUUUAGCAAAGAGGUGAGCCGUGUGGGGCGGAGGGGUGGUGGGAGGGGUGGAGCGGGGGUGGAGGAGGGGGUGGAGGAGGGGUGGAGGGGAGAGAAGAUGGGGCGCGGGGCGGGAGGGAGGCAGGGCGAUGGAGAGGGGAGAACGGAGGAAAAUGCAAUGAGGAAGGGAGGCGCGAGAGAGGCAUGUGGUGUCAUGGACAUGUGGUGCCAUGGGCAUGUGGUGCCAUGGGCAUGUGGUGCCACGGGCAUGUGGUGCCAUGGGCAUGUGGUGCCAUGGGCAUGUGGUGCCAUGGACAUGUGGUGCCAUGGACAUGUGGUGCCAUGGACAUGUGGUGCCAUGGACAUGUGGUGCCAUGGGCAUGUGGUGCCAUGGGCAUGUGGUGCCAUGGACAUGUGGUGCCAUGGACAUGUGGAGGAGAUGUUCAAGCGGGCGGCGGCGGAGGGGGUGGCUCAAGACAACGUGGUGCUGGAGGUCAAUGCACUCAAGCUGGCAUACAACCGGUCCUUCGCGGACUGUGCGGGGGCCAUGUUCCGAGGCAUGCUCAACCUCGCUGCCUCGCAAGCUGCCCCCGGGGCACCCACCAAGGAGCUGCUCGCGUCCACGCGUGCCGUGGUGACUCGAUGGACGUCGCUUCUGAGAAGGUUCCUCAAGGGCACCGACGACGAGGUGGAGGUGCUGCUGACAUUCGAGGAGGUGUGCAACGAGGCUCGCCCUGAGUUCGCCCCCAUCUUCGUAAAUGUGCUUGAAGCCCUGUACGAUCGGGACAUAGUGAGUGAGGAGGCCGUCAUGGCGUGGGCCGAUGAGAAGCAGUUUGCCGACGCCGCUGACAAGGUCUUUGUCGAGCGAUCCGCAGCGUUCAUCAAGUGGUUGAAGGAAGCCGAGGAGGAGGAGAGCGAUGAUGAGUGA